UCUCUCUGUAGAGCAGGUGCGAUGAUAUUUAGAAAACUCUAGUUGUACAUUCGCGUACAGCCUCUCUUACAUAACAAAUCACUGAACUGCUAGAUUGAUUGUAUUUUGAAGAGCAAGUGGUGAUUGGGCUGAUAAUCCAGUUUACGAGGUUCUUCAACAUUAUAAGAAGGAGACUAUGAUGGCGGUUCGUUGACCGGUGGUAUGAUGUCUUGUUCUAAAUGUUGUGGUUCCGAUAAAUCUGCAAAGGAAGAUAUCCAAAUCGAUAGCGAUAUUUCAGGCGAAAAGGACGAAAUAUUACUGCAAUCGUCAACGCGCAAUGGACGCAUCCCGCACGAUGAACGGAAUCAUUCUCCCAAUAAUGAAAAAGAAGAUUACGGGAAGAGGAAAAUACGUGAGCUUGUAUGUUAUUAUAUUAACCAUUGUACUCUACAUGGAUUUCAUUACGUGUUCGAAACCAAGUCGAUAAUGCGAAAGGUUGUUUGGUUGACAAUUCUAGCGGUUGCUGCUGGGUUUUUCUUUAAAGAAAUAAAAACAAGCCUUACACAAUAUUAUCUAUAUCCAUUUACUACGACAUCAACUAUUCAAUAUCCAGGAGCAUUGCCGUUCCCUGCAGUAACCAUAUGUGACUUUCAUGAUGUGAGGAAAUCUCUACAUUCCACCAACAAAACAAAGAUAGCAGAUGUCAUAAGCAUUUCGUUUGAACAGUUAAAAGAAACGUUAAUACAAAGUAGUCAGAGUCACGGCUUUACUAAACCAACAGCAUUUUUCGAUACGUCUGAUUUCUACGUAUUUUACUCUUCUAAAGGACAAACAUGUUACACUUUUAAUUCCGCGAGAAACAAAAAGAAUUCCUUAAAGAGUAAUAAAAUUGGUUCAAAAUAUGGAAUAGAAUUUAUAUUAAAUGUUCAACAGCCAAGCUACAGUAAAGUCAAGGAGAGCGGCUUUCGUUUUAUUCUUCACGAGCACGAUGAGUUGCCGUUAAGCCGGGAAGGUUUCAGAGUUUCYCCUGGAUAUGUAACAUACGUGAACUUAAGGCUGGAGAAGGUAAGUGUAUAUGUAACCUUGGGGAUCCAAUUUGAUUUGAAAAACACAAACGAGUGUUUGUGUAAUGACUAUGAUAUUCAUGUGCGCAUGUUGAGUCAAGAAAAAAGUACUGAGAAUGUUUAUCGUAAUACGUCUGUACCCCAUGCACACCAAAACAACCACUUAUUCCUAGAAUAA